AUGGCGGCAGUGAAUGAAGAUGGCGCGUGCCUUGCCGCUUCCAAGCCGCAAGGGAGUGACAAGGCUCGUCUCAGCGAGGUAGCUGCUCACGGCCACACCUCGGAUUGGUUUGCUGCUGACUCUCACUUCCUGGCGAGCAUCGAAAAUAUGAUGGCCAGCAGUGUCAACGACCACGCCUCGGUCAAUGUAGCACGCUCUCCUGCCGUUCACCGCAGAGGGGUAGCGGGCGAGAAAAGCAUACAAUCACCAAACAUCGACCUCGGUCUGGUUAUAAGCGGGCAAAUGAGUCCCAAAAGAUCCUACAGUCAAACCUUUGGCCCCAGCAAAUCCACAUCGUCGAAUAGAGGUCCCGCCGAGCACAGCGACACGUCGACGACGCAUGUCAUGAGCAUUUGGAAACGACAACAGGCGGCUGCCUGCGGGUCCGCUAAGCCUUGCGAGACUCGUGCAUCAAACAGAUCGGAGCUCACUUUCUCCCAUGCCAGCGCAACAGAUGACCUGCGCAAUGAUUCGAAGCGAGCAAAAAAUUGUGCAGCCUCUCGCGACACUGGAGUAUGCGAUGCCCAGUCCAAUGUGGAGCAUGUGCGCACGCCACCUGCUCCGGUCACUCGAAAACAGCAUAAUAGCCAGACUGCGGUCAACAGCACAGCAUCACGCCUUCAGCGAGCGUCGCACUCGGCUCAAGAGGAGGCUGUGCCUGCUGCACGAAACCAGGCUUCGCGAGGUCGAGCUUGUCGUCCUGAGGACGAUAAUGUCCACACUUCGGCUGCGACACCUUUGAAGGUGCCAUCACAGUCUCAGGUGCUUCUAGCAAGACCUGUGCCAGAAGCCGGCACCACGAUGCCCCAGAGAGUAGCUCAUCCGAAGUCCCUCGCCGUGGAUGCUGUCGAACGUGUUGAAACAGAAAAAGCGGCUCUGGAAGCAGACUGCAUCGAGCUCAAAUGUCUACUACAAACGUCGCAGCAAGAGCUCGCAGCAGCAAAAGCACUUCUUACAGACGAAAAUUCUGGGCUUAGGACCAUGCUGGCGAGAGCCUCGCGGCUAUCUAAAGAAGCCGAGGCAGCAAUGCAUGAUGCAGGAAAAUUGCGUGCGGAGCAGUCAGACCUCAUGCGAGACCUAAGGGCGAGCUUGUACACUAUGAAACCGACUUAA